AUGCUGUGGAUUGUCAUUGUUUCGGGAAUUAUUUCAUUUGUGCUUUCAUGUGGAAUGGGAGCCAAUGAUGUUGCCAAUUCGUUUGGUACCAUUGUGGGAACCAAGACAUUGAGUUUGAAAUGGUCCAUUGUGAUUGCGAGUAUAUUUGAAUUUUUAGGAGCGAUGGUCAUGGGAGAUUACGUCAGUGGCACUCUUCGAACAGGAAUCAUUGUCGAAGGUUACUUCCGACCUGGAGAGGAAAACAUUUACAUGGUCGGAAUGAUGUGUGUCUUGCUAGGUCCAACUGCAUGGCUCAUUCUCUCCACUUAUUGGUCACUUCCAGUCUCCACUACUCACAGUGUGGUUGGUGGAAUUGUCGGAUUUGUCAUUGCCUUAAAAGGAUAUAAAGCCAUUCAAUGGAUAAGUAUUGGAAAAAUUGCCUUGUCAUGGGCGGUGAGCCCAUUGUUGGGAGGAUUGGCAUCGGCUCCUUUGUAUUUCUUUAUUAAGAAAGUUGUGUUGAGAGGAAAUGUGGAAAAGAGAACGUUGAUUUUCUUUCCAUUUAUUACAGCUCUCACUGUGACCAUGAUCUUUGGUUCUCUCUUCAUCAUGGGUUCUCCAGCUCUCUAUCUCGAUAAGGUUCCUCUCGAAGCCUCCAUUCCUACCACCAUUGGAGUGGGUCUCAUUUGUGGAAUUGUUUGUGCUUGUCUCAUUCCUCUCAUUAAGAAACAAUUACAUAAAUUGGCCAUUAAGAGAAGAGCUCGUCAACCAUUAAGAGAGGAUCAACAAGUUGAAAUCACCACAACUCGUGAACCGAUUCAUCAAGAGCAUCAUGAAAUGAUGAUCACAACAACAAACACACAUUCGAAUGAUCAUGACACUGAGAACCAUGAUUCUACGACGAGAAUGAAUUCUUCUCAACAUCCAAUGAAUCAUCAUCAUUCAUUAGUGGUUUCACAAUCUCAACAAGAGCUUAAUGUUGUGGGAAUGGCUGGAACGAAUGAUUCCAUGCCCUUGUUGGAUCAUCACCAGGAAGGAAUGGCAAUGAAAUAUGCAUCGACAGAAGAAGAAGAAGAAGAAAAUCCUGUGACUACAGUGGUUUCAAGAGAUGAAUUCAAUCAACCAAAUAUGGAAACAAGUUUGGAAGAAAAAAUUCAAUAUUUUGAAACUCAUGAAAUGCCUUUGGAAACUCAAAAGGAAAAUUCGGAUAUUAUUUAUAGAGGAUUGAUGAUCUUUUGUGGUGCAUUGACAAGUUUUUCACAUGGAGCAAAUGAUGUUUCAAAUGCUGUGGGCCCUUUCAGUGCCAUAUUUUCCGUGUAUAUUCAAGGAAAUUUACAGAUUGGAGCUUUCAUUCCUUAUUGGAUUCUCUUAAUCGGUGCUGUGGGUAUUGUGGUGGGAUUAAUUUUAUUUGGUUCAAGAGUGAUCAAAACAGUUGGAAAUGGAUUGAAUAAGAAACAAUUAGUACCUUCCCAAGGAUUUUCAAGUCAGUUAUGUGGAGCUUCCUUUGUGUUAAUUGCCUCCAAGUUGGGAAUCCCUGUAUCGACGACAAAUGCUCUCGUUGGAGCAGUCAUUGGAGUUGGUAUUGUGGAAGACUUUGGUGGAGUUCAAUGGAAAUUAUUGGUUGAGGUUGUGGUUGGAUGGAUCACUACUUUGCCAGUGUCAGCCAUGCUGUCAGCUGCUCUUUUUUCAUUCCUUAAAUGGACAGUUUUAUAA